GCCCCGCGUCCCCCGGCUGUCCCCUCGCGCAAGAUGGCUGCUGAGCCGGCCCCGGGGCCCACGCCGGCUCCCCCGCCGCCGCCGCCGCCGGCCGAGGGCGAGGAGAACACCGUCCGCUUCGCCCGCAAAGGGGCCCUCCGCCAGAAGAACGUGCACGAGGUGAAGAACCACAAGUUCACCGCCCGCUUCUUCAAGCAGCCCACCUUCUGCAGCCACUGCACCGACUUCAUCUGGGGAUUCGGCAAACAGGGAUUCCAGUGUCAAGUUUGCUGCUUUGUGGUCCACAAGCGCUGCCAUGAGUUUGUCACUUUCUCCUGCCCAGGGGCUGAUAAAGGCCCAGCUUCUGAUGAUCCGAGGAGCAAGCACAAAUUUAAAAUCCAUACGUACUCCAGCCCGACAUUUUGUGACCACUGUGGCUCCUUGCUGUAUGGGCUCAUUCACCAAGGCAUGAAAUGUGACACUUGCAUGAUGAACGUCCACAAGCGCUGUGUGAUGAACGUCCCCAGCCUCUGCGGCACAGACCACACCGAGCGUCGAGGGAGGAUACACAUCAAGGCCCAGAUAGACAAAGAAGUCCUCACCGUUGUCGUAAGAGAUGCUAAGAAUCUAGUCCCGAUGGACCCUAAUGGCUUGUCAGAUCCGUACGUAAAGCUUAAACUUAUUCCUGAUCCCAAGAGCGAGAGCAAGCAGAAGACUAAAACCAUUAAGUGCUCCCUCAACCCGGAAUGGAAUGAGACAUUUAAAUUUCAGCUGAAAGAAUCCGACAAAGACAGAAGGUUAUCGGUGGAAAUUUGGGAUUGGGACCUCACCAGCAGGAAUGACUUCAUGGGAUCUUUGUCUUUCGGCAUUUCAGAGCUGCAGAAAGCAAGUGUUGAUGGAUGGUUUAAAUUGCUGAGCCAGGAGGAGGGGGAGUAUUUUAAUGUUCCGGUUCCCCCAGAAGGAGAAGAAGGGAAUGAAGAGCUCAGGCAGAAAUUUGAGAGAGCCAAGAUUGGUCAAGGCACCAAGGUUGCAGAAGAAAAGACAGUCAACGCUCUGUCCAAAUUUGACAACAAUGGAAACAGGGAUCGAAUGAAACUGACAGAUUUUAAUUUCCUCAUGGUGCUGGGAAAAGGGAGCUUUGGCAAGGUGAUGCUUUCGGAAAGGAAAGGCACAGAUGAGCUGUAUGCAGUGAAGAUCCUGAAGAAGGAUGUCGUUAUCCAGGAUGAUGAUGUGGAGUGCACCAUGGUGGAGAAACGGGUGCUGGCCCUGGCUGGGAAGCCCCCGUUCCUAACGCAGCUCCACUCCUGCUUCCAGACAAUGGACCGCCUGUAUUUUGUGAUGGAGUACGUGAAUGGUGGAGACCUGAUGUACCAGAUUCAGCAAGUUGGCAGAUUUAAGGAACCUCAUGCUGUAUUCUAUGCAGCAGAAAUCGCCAUUGGCCUCUUCUUCUUACAGAGCAAAGGCAUCAUUUAUCGGGACCUAAAGCUUGACAACGUGAUGCUGGAUUCUGAAGGGCAUAUCAAAAUCGCUGACUUCGGCAUGUGUAAGGAAAACAUUUGGGACGGGGUGACCACCAAGACGUUCUGCGGCACACCCGACUACAUCGCUCCAGAGAUAAUUGCUUAUCAGCCCUAUGGGAAGUCGGUGGAUUGGUGGGCAUUUGGAGUGCUGCUGUAUGAAAUGUUAGCGGGGCAGGCUCCUUUUGAAGGAGAAGAUGAAGAUGAGCUUUUCCAGUCCAUCAUGGAACACAACGUGGCCUACCCCAAAUCCAUGUCCAAGGAGGCAGUGGCCAUCUGCAAAGGGCUAAUGACUAAACACCCAGGCAAACGUCUAGGAUGUGGCCCAGAAGGGGAACGGGACAUUAAGGAGCAUGCAUUUUUCCGAUAUAUUGACUGGGAGAAACUUGAACGCAAAGAGAUUCAGCCCCCGUACAAGCCGAAGGCUUGUGGGCGAAAUGCUGAAAACUUCGACCGAUUUUUCACCCGCCAUCCACCCGUCCUAACACCUCCUGACCAGGAAGUCAUCAGGAACAUUGACCAAUCAGAAUUCGAAGGAUUUUCCUUUGUUAACUCUGAAUUUUUAAAAGCUGAAGUCAAGAGCUAAGUAGCUGUGUAGAUCUCCGUCCUUCAUUUCUAUCAUCCGAUCCCGACAGCUGUUGUGAUGACAUUUUUCGUUGCAAAAUCACAUCCAUGUUUUAUUUUGUAAUGAUACGAGAGUGACCAUAUUUCAGAGCCAUACGUGUCUUCAAGUAUUAUGGGGCAUCUCUGAACAACAGAUGGGAUUAUGCAGAUGUUGUAUAUAAGGUAGUCCUACCUAAUUAUACUUUGUCAAAUUGAACACUGUUGAUUCUCUGGGUAAGUUUUUUAUCCAAUCAGGCAACAAACCUGAUCUUGGGAAAAAGUCUUAUUUUCCUCUUUCCUUCCAUUUUGCUUUUGUUUUUAGCCUACUCUUUUUGCCUAAGUAAAACCAAAAAGUUCUUUUUCAUUCCCUCUCAAUUUGGGGAGAUACAAUUUUUUCCUAAUAAACUAAACCACACGGAGAGGACAGUGUUGUCUAGCAGAAAGACCAGGGGCCUAAGGAUCAGGUGACCUGGGUUGUAGUACCGGCCUUCUGUGUGACCUUGAGAGAGUCACUUAGUCUUUCUGGGCUUCAGUUUCCUCAACUGUAAAAUGAGGAUAAUAAUACUCUCUUCUCCCUAACUCUCAGGGAUGCUGGGAGACUAAAAAGGAGUUAUUUGAUGUACAAGUUUUUUGGAAUUUUUAAGUCCUCUAUUAAUUCAAAGUUUUUUAAAAAGCUGAUUGGAGCAGAAUGCACUGAACUGUUUUCAUUUUUCAGAACGGAAUUUCUGUCCCAGAAUUUGGGAAAUUUCUAGCUCCUCUAGUGAACUGAAAACUCAGCGUUUAUCCUGCCCAACCAAAAAAAAAAAAAAAAGCCAGUGAGGCCACAUAAACAUAAACUUCUCAUCUACAAUAGAAAUCAUGUGGUUCCUUAACAGAUUGUUGGCUUUCUAAUGGCCAUGACAAGUGGGAAAAGAAAACCCAUUUGUUUUUCUCAAUGCUAGUGACUGGACACUGGUACUUCACCCCAAACCCAAACUAUCUGAAAGAGACAUUUUGGAAUCAACUCUUGAAAAUACAUGGUCACCCUGGUAAACACCCUACAUAUCAUGAUUUUACAUUAUUUCAUAUCCAAACUUUUUUUUUCCUUGGGUUCUUUGUUCAAAUGCCAAAACAGUUACUCAAUUUGUUACAUGUGCUUUAACUAUGUGUCAAAAAUGUUACUGAUGACAAUGAACUAAUAUGAUUUUAAGCAGAAGAAUAGUGUGAAACCUAACUAAGCUUGUAAAAAAAUUGUCUUAGCUGAUAUUCGUGCAGAUGAAUGCUGUUGGAUAUUGGUAUCGUCUCAGUUUGUUUUUGAAUUGGAAAAAUAAUUAAGAGCUUUGGGAAAAACGAGUGUCUCUUGAAACAAUGACAAUCGUAUGAUUUCCUUCUGCACUGUUCCACGAGAUGUUUGUGGAUAUGUCAGUUUGUAUCAAUCUGCUAAAUAGCUGUAAUGUGCCAAUUUUUUUCCAGUACCAAGAAACAAUAAAAAUGGGAGAAAUGAUAU